AUGGAUUGCACAAGAGAAGCUGACACACUUUAUGCAUUAUUUGCACCUAUAAAUGAAAUAAACGUAAAAGAUGAAUCGGAAGCAAAAGUAAAACAAAAUGAUUACAAUGAUAAUAAUAAUGUAAUAAAAACAGUACGAGCAAGAGCAACAACCACAUCACAUCCACAUUCAUUCAUUGACUAUGCAGGAACAAUUAUUGAAGAUGAAUCGAACAUCAAUAAUGAUUAUUACGGUGAAAAAGUAGACAAUGAACAAAUAUUUUAUGCAGACACACAUAUAGCAUUAAUAAAAAAAUUACACAAAUACACAAAAAAAACAUUACAUGAUUCCGUUAUUGAUAUAUUAACAUUUGUUAGAAGUAUUAAAUUACAUAAAGAUGGUAUGAUCUGGUAA